UUGGUGUUGAAGAAAAGGGGAACUACCAUAACAAAAAAAUUGAGAUUCUAAAAUCAGUGGCAUGGUUUGGUAUGGAAGAAACUGGAAUGGGCAUUAAUGGCGGAAUGGAAGAAGGAACGAUGAGAAGAAGAAGCGUUGCUUUUCCGUCUCGGAAUUAGAUUCAAACUGCAUAUUGAUGUUGCAAUCCAUGUGCGUCUCCGAGACGACUUCGUCAGCUUCGACAGUGACAAAAGCAUACGCGUGCAGCCAUGGAGGAACCUUCCUUUUCUUGCGCCCCAAUAAAUUUCGACGCGGAAGUUCGAGCUCUGCAACUUCCAACCAUUUUUGUCUCUUCUCUUCAACCAAACCAUCACCUACAGCAGCAGCUCUUCAUCCUUUCUGUCUCUCUUCUCUUCAUACGCUUCUUCGUCCUUGCUUAUGGCAUCUACUUCCAACGAUUCCCUUCCCAUCUCCAUUCAAAACAUCAAUCCCAAGGUUCUGAAAUGUGAGUAUGCUGUCCGUGGUGAGAUUGUCGCCCUUGCUCAGAGAUUGCAAGAAGAGCUACUGACUAAUCCAGGCUCACGUACUUUUAAAGAGAUACUAUACUGCAACAUAGGAAAUCCUCAGUCACUUGGUCAGCAGCCAAUAACAUUUUUCCGUGAGGUUCUUGCAUUGUGUGACCAUCCAUCCAUUCUGGAAAGAAAGGAAGUAGAGGGUUUGUUCAGUGAAGAUGCUAUUAGGCGAGCUUCAAAAAUUCUGAAACAAAUUCCUGGGAAAGCAACUGGUGCUUACAGCCAUAGUCAGGGAAUCAAGGGGCUACGUGAUGCGAUUGCUGAAGGAAUUAAUGCUCGUGAUGGUUUUCCUGCAGAUCCCAAUGACAUAUUUUUAACAGAUGGUGCAAGCCCAGCAGUCCAUAUGAUGAUGCAAUUGCUGAUAAGUUCAGAGAAAGAUGGAAUACUCUGCCCCAUUCCUCAGUACCCUCUAUACUCUGCUUCUAUAGCUCUUCAUGGCGGUACUCUUGUUCCAUACUAUCUUGAUGAAGCAUCGGGAUGGGGAUUGGAAAUUUCUGAGCUGAAUAAGCAAUUGGAAUCUGCCAAGUCUAAGGGUAUUUCAGUUAGGGCAUUGGUGGUUAUAAAUCCCGGCAAUCCUACUGGGCAGGUUCUCACUGAGGAAAACCAAGAGCAAAUAGUGAAGUUCUGCAAGCAAGAGGGCCUCGUUCUUUUGGCAGAUGAGGUAUAUCAAGAAAAUAUUUAUGUUCCAGACAAGAAGUUCCACUCUUUUAAGAAGAUUUCACGCACCAUGGGUUAUGGUGAAAAGGACAUCUCCUUAGUAUCGUUCCAGUCUGUCUCUAAAGGAUACUAUGGUGAGUGUGGAAAACGGGGAGGUUAUAUGGAGAUCACCGGGUUUAGUGCUGAUGUGAGGGAACAAAUAUACAAAGUGGCAUCUGUUAAUCUUUGUUCUAAUAUUACCGGCCAGAUUCUGGCUAGCCUUGUAAUGAAUCCACCAAAGGAUGGGGAUCUCAUCUAUGAAUCGUAUCGUGCAGAGAGAGAUGGAAUCCUUUCAUCUCUGGCAAAGCGUGCAAAGACAUUAGAAGCUGCACUGAACAGUUUAGAAAAUGUAACGUGCAAUAAAGCAGAAGGCGCAAUGUACCUAUUCCCUUGUAUUAAGCUGCCUGAAAAGGCAAUCAAAGCAGCAGAAGCAGCAAAAACGGCUCCCGAUACAUUCUAUUGCCGCCAACUUCUCAAUGCCACUGGAAUAGUGGUCGUCCCUGGUUCUGGCUUUGGACAGGUGCCCGGUACAUGGCACUUCAGGUGUACAAUACUACCCCAAGAGGACAAGAUCCCAGCUGUCGUCUCUCGCCUGACUGACUUCCAUAAAGCAUUCAUGAACGAAUAUCGCGACUAAAGCUCUUGGGACUCCUGUGUAUCAAGGUGUAGUCAAAUUCCCCUUACUUCUUGAUGGCAACUAAGAUGACUGUGUGUUAUGCUUUUUUUUCAGUUAAGGAAUAAUGUGGGGUUGGUGGUGGUGGUUACCUAAACAAUUUACCAUGGCACAGAAUCUCUCUGUGCCCCAAAUUUUGAUUGUUCAGCAAAGCAUCUUAUCUUUAAAUAGAAAAUAAAAACAACAAAGCAGUUACAAGCAUACAAGGCUAAUUGUAAGGCAACACAUGAAGAAAAUCUUGAAACCAGAUUUUUUUUCUUUUUAUUAUUUUUGGGUGGAGUUUUGAACUUUGGACUUCGUGGAAAGAAAUUGAGUUGUAACCUUUUGGGAUUUCUUUGGUAGGUUGGAAAAUUUAGAAAUGACUAUAUCUAGGUACAUCCCGAACAUCAUCUAUCUUUAUGUAUCUUACUCUCAUCACACACGUAGAAAAAUAGUUAAAAUAUUUCAAAAAAGAAGUAAGAAGAAUUUACCACA